AUGCCCCACCCUCGGCCAUCCAAUCGUCAAUCCACCAAUCCAGACACAAGAUUGCAUUUGGACAACUGUUUGUGCCAAGUCAUUCAACCAUUUGCCCAUUCACCUAUUCUUGCCGAUGCAGCUAUUACAACCACUUGUUCUCAAGUCUUACCUCCAAUUCUUCGAUUUUCCAAACUUUUCCCACUCGCGGUGACCUCUACUAUUUCGUCAAGCUAUGCACUCAACAGAGCACUUGGUCUCUUUUCAUCCAUCCAUCCAUCCAUCCAUCCAUCCAUCCAUCCAUCCAUCCAUCCAUCCAUCCAUCCAUCCAUCCAUCCGUACGUCUACCCAGCCCUCGUGAAUAAUCCACCUGGUUGCAAAACUGUUGUAUGGCCGCGGGCCUGGCCGAGUCUGUGCCGCUGUAUCGGGCGUGAGCAGGUGGGCCGUCCCCGCGAUUGGCGCGAUUGUCGUUGCGGGGCCAGCCUCACAAAGCGACAAGGAUCCGCCCACAACUCGAUCAUCAUCGCCUCGACCGACCGAGCAAACUGUGUGUGUGUACGUGUUUCUCGUUGGAAUCCCGCCACUCCAACUCGGCUCCACUCGGGAGCCCUGCUGCCAUACAUCCUUCGCCUGAUUCGUUUACUCGAGUUCUACAAUCUCGUGUUUCUUUGGUUGCCUCUUGCCAGGAUCUGUUUGGGCCCGAGUCGACGGGCAUCAGAGCUGCCCAACCAGUUAAAGGGGGGUGUGAACGUGAAGAAGACGCUUGGCGAUGGCUUGCAAGUUGCGCUGACUUGGCCAAAGCCGACCGAUUCUGGCAACGUGGCUGUGCGGGCGAACCGAGUUUCCGGCCGGCUCGAGCGCCACGGCAGACUCCGAUCCUAA